GGUACUAAGUCCACGCGGCGACUAUCACCGUCCCUUCCUCUCUCCGCCGCUGCUCUCCUCCGGGCUACCGAACUUUUUCUUUUUUUGAAGUUUUCCCUUCGAUGACGUCACAGGUCGGUGUAAACGGCUGGCGUGUCAUUCCGGUGUCCCGCUGAGGAGGCUGGCUGUCCCGGGACAGACGCACACAUCUGGAGUAGCAGACCGUGUCAUCAUGCCGGUGCGACAGAAAGACGCUCAGCGAGCCCUGGAGCUCCUGCAGCAGUAUCGGGCCAAACUUGACCAGAGGCAGCAGGACCAGGACCAGAACCAGAACCAGAGCCGGAGCGCAGAGGGCCACGCGGAGGAGGACUCACAGCUGCAGCAGUCUCUGGACAGAGUCAUCAAUGUCUUCCAAAGUCAGCUCUUCAGCGCCCUGCUUGACAUUCAGGAGUACUACGAGUUGACCGUCCUCACAGACAGCAAGUCGUCUGUGGGUCAGACAGACGCUCACCUCACGGCCGCUGGCAACCUGACGACAGAGCCCCCCGCCCGGCCACAGCCCCCCUCUGUGCCCCCGAGCCCCCAGGCACCCAAAGGACCAUCCCAGCCAAAACCCCUGACCCCAAAACCCAAGUCAGUCAAGUCCCAUGUCGCUCCGCUCCCAUCCGAGAGACCCGCGUCCAAGCCGUCUUCCCCUACGACAAAGUCCACCACACCUCCGUCAAAGCGAGGGUCGGUCAAGUAUCGCGCUCCCCUCCCUCCCGUCCAACCCGGAGCCCCCAAGUCUUUGGCAUCAGAGCCUCCUGUGCCUUCUUCUGCCUCUGAUGCCACAUCCCCCAGGGUCACGGCGAAUGGCGUAGGAACCCCCGGCGGCUCCAUGAAAACACCUCCCGGAGCCUCACUGAAUGGCACGAAGCCGCACCUUGCUGCCGCCAAAUCCAACACUUCUUCAGAAAGCUCCUUCAGCUCCGCCGAUCCAAAAGGUGAGUGCCCCCCCCCGGACCUCAAGCUGGUGACCGUGUCAGCUCUCAUCUCCAGCACCGUCAAAGGCACCGUGUUUCCACCCACCCCAGACAGGCUCACCCCCACCAGCACCACUCCUACCACCAGCCCAGGUCUCAUCAGAGUCUCAGACGCCGCUGUGGUCUCUACGGCUCUCGAGACAAGCAAGGACGCAGGCCCGGGCAAGGCGACUCGCAGCAGGAGUCCAACCAGCCCCAACAAGGGGAAGUUCCCCUUCAGCAGCCGCAGCCCCACAGGUCCUCCUCAUUCCAGGCUCGGGCCAGUGAAGGUCACCUCCACCAGUCCUAGCCAUGGCCCAGCCAGCCCCCGACCAGCUACCGGCCCACCGACCCCCAACAAGGUAGAAUCGCCCGAGGCUCCCUUUGAUGACGAGGCGUGGCCUCACCCAGAGGGAGACGGGCUAAACCAAGUCCCAGCUCCGCCUUUCUCCUCCCUCUAUUCACGCCGCCGCGCCUACAACCAGGCCAACCCCCCUCCAGUGGUGGUCAACACCGACAGUGUCGACACCCCCCCAUACGUCAAUGGAACAGAAGCAGAUUAUGAAUAUGAAGAAAUCACGCUGGAACGGGGUAACUCGGGUCUGGGGUUCAGUAUUGCAGGAGGGACUGAUAACCCUCAUAUUGGAGAAGACCCCUCUAUCUUCAUCACCAAGAUCAUACCUGGGGGGGCCGCCGCCCAGAACGGACGACUCAGGGUGAAUGACUGCAUAGUGCGGGUGAAUGAGACGGACGUCAGGGACGUGACCCACAGCGGGGCUGUGGAGGCGCUGAAGGACGCCGGAGGUCUGGUACGACUGUGCAUAAGACGCAGGAAGAGCCUAACAGAGAGAAUCCUGGAUAUCAAACUGGUCAAAGGACCCAAAGGUUUAGGAUUCAGUAUCGCAGGUGGACUUGGAAACCAACAUGUCCCGGGCGACAACGGCAUUUAUGUGACUAAGAUCAUCGAGGGAGGGGCUGCACACAAGGAUGGACGGCUACAGAUAGGGGACAAACUUAUGGCUGUGAAUGCCUCAUGUUUGGAGGAGGUGACUCAUGAAGAUGCGGUGGCGGCCCUGAAGUCCACUCCUGACGUUGUUUACCUCCGCGUGGCCAAACACACCUCCGUUUUUAUCAAUGACAACUUCCCUCCGCCCGACGUCACUAAUUCUUACUCCCCACAUCAAGACAACCAUAUAAGCCCAUACAUGAGUGGCAGCCAGUCUGUAAGUCCCGCCCCAUUGACCACGCCCAGAUACUCGCCUCUGCCAAGGGCCUUGACCGGAGACGACGAUGUCAACAGGGACCCAAGGCGGGUGGUGCUCCAGCGAGGGUCCACAGGUCUUGGUUUUAACAUUGUUGGAGGGGAAGAUGGAGAAGGAAUCUUCAUCUCCUUCAUUCUCGCCGGAGGUCCAGCGGAUCUCUGUGGGGAGCUACAAAAGGGAGACCGCAUCCUGUCGGUGAACGGCGUGGACUUGUCCAGUGCGACACAUGAACAGGCAGCCGCAGCUCUGAAGAAUGCAGGACAGACCGUUACCAUAGUAGCGCAGUACAGACCGGAGGACUACAGUCGUUUCGAGGCGAAGAUCCAUGACUUGAGGGAACAGAUGAUGACCAGCAGUGUCAGCUCCAGCUCGACAUCGCUCCGCUCCACACAGAAACGCACACUAUACGUCCGAGCGUUGUUCGACUACGACGGAAGUGCGUCAGAUCUGAGCACGGCCAAUCAGGUGCUGCCGUUCCAUUUCGGGGAUGUCCUCCACGUGAGCAGCGCCGGCGAAGAGGAGUGGUGGCCCGCCCGUCACCUCAACCCCCCGCCUCCCAACUGCCCCGAAGUCGGAGUCAUCCCCAGCCGCAGGAGGGCAGAGAAAAAGGAGAGGUCAAGGUUAAAGACGGUCAGAGUGACGAGGUCUCAAGACAAAUCGGAUCAGGAUGACAAAGAGCUGGUAACCUCUGGCACCAGCGAUAGUGAGAGUAGUUGCUCUGGCCAGGAGGAGAUCCUUCUCACCUACCAACCUGUCAUGCAGCAAGAGGUUAAUUACACGCGGCCAGUCAUCGUGCUUGGACCGAUGAAAGAUCGGAUCAACGAUGACCUCAUCUCUGAGUUUCCGGACAAGUUUGGCUCCUGCGUCCCACACACAACGCGGCCGCGGCGAGAUUACGAAGUGGACGGCAGAGAUUACCACUUCAUGUCCUCCAGGGAGUUCAUGGAGCAGGAGAUCCAGGAACACAAGUUCAUAGAGGCCGGACAGUAUAACAACCACCUGUAUGGAACCAGCAUACAGUCAGUCAAGGAAGUCGCUGAGAAGGGUAAACACUGUAUACUGGAUGUAUCAGGGAACGCAAUAAAGCGCCUCCAGUUGGCGAGCCUCCAUCCCAUCGCUGUCUUCAUUAGACCACGCAAUGUCGACAACAUACUAGAGAUGAACAAGCGUCUCAGUGAGGAGCAGGCGAGGAAGACCUUCGACAGAGCCGUCAAACUGGAGCAGGAGUUCACAGAGUUCUUUAGCGCUAUUGUCCAUGGCUCCACCCUCGAGGAAGUGUAUUCGCAGGUGAAGCAGAUUGUCGAGGAGCAGUCUGGUCCUUACAUCUGGGUGCCCACCAAGGAGCGACUUUAAAGAAACACAAACAUACUACAAAAUCACGUUCACCACUCCUCUGAUUUUCUUAUAUCGGCCGUCUCUCUCUCUCUCUCUCUCUCUCUCUCUCCCUAUCUCGUAAACACACGUUACUGCAAAGACACACACACACACACAGAUUAACACAAGCACAUGAAGUGGGACUGGCUGGGACUGGCUGGGGACUACCUGGGACUGCUACUUCCUGGAGUGGGAGGGGCUAAUGUCUGUCCAGCAGCCUAUUUGUGGAUCUUCCUACCGCUCAGUUCCUUAAUGUUUAAGGAGGAGGUUCAAAUCAAGGCGACAUGUACCAUUAUCGGAUUUGAUUUAGUUAUUGUUCUUCUUGUUGUCGUUGUCGUUGUUGUUUUCAUAUUAACAAAGGGUAAUGCAUUCAUGUAUGGGUUUGUAAUGAUAAUAUUGUCCCCAAGAGGCAGACUUUUGCACGCUGUAGCUUUAAGAGCAUGUUUUUGGGACAAAAUGUUGAUCUUCCUCCCGUCUGUCUUUCCUCAUGACAUUGCCCUUGUUUAGUCUUUUUCUAUCUCUCUCUCAUGUCCCACCCUUCAGAAACCUAAAUAACGUGCCCAUCAUUUUGGUAUCAACAGACAAAAUGAAAUCAUAGUACAAUCAUACUGUUUAGGGACAUGGCUAGAAAAUAAUAAUUUCAAAUUUCUACCUUUGAGAUCCAUGUUGAUAUUUCCAGUGACAAGCAGGAAUUCUCAAUCAAAAGUAGAAGAGUUACAUAGCUGUAAAAUAGACAGUAUUGAGCCUCAUAAUGAGUCCAUUCAGAGCCCUGAGCCCUUAUUUUUCAAAAAUAAUUUUCUAAAAGUAUAUCUUAGGACAUAUUUAUCAAACUUUCUAUUCCUAUUUACAGCAGGGGGAGGGGUAAUGUUUUUCAGUAGCUUUCAAGUAAUCAGAUGAUUAAUUACACUUAAAGGGAGGAACAGCCAAUCAGUGAGAAGAAUUGACCAAACAUCUGCCACGUUCAGUUUUACUCAGUUAUGUGAUGCUGCACCACUUUACUGUUUAAAGUACAUUUUAUUUGUGUAAAAUCCUCGAUACCGUCUGUACAAACUAACGUAAAAAGUGAAACAUGAAAUAUAUAUAUAUAUAUUUAGAAUACAUUAAUAUGCAAAUAUGGAUGGAUGAAGGGCUGAAAAAGAAACAACGGGAGAACUCAACUGCAGCAAUAGUGAAACUGUUCUGCUUUUGGAAAAAUAAUGAGAUGUAAUUCAGUGCAACAUUGAUAACAGAUAAUGAGGAUGCAUGGAAAGUGAUGCAAACAGAAUAAAUGUUCUUGUUGUUUGCACCUUGAUGAAUACAGACGAAUGGAAAAAUAGGUAAAAAGUAUCUUACUCCAAAUUAGACAUGUUGCUUCAGGUACGAUAUUGUUCAUGUUGCCCAAUAAUGUUGUGUUCAAUCUUUCACCCAUUUAAGAAGGUGAAAGUGGACGACUGCUUGUCCAACAUUUAAUUUUGGGCAGUUUGAAAAGUAGGGGCCCAAGUCCUCUGUUUACCAAACAUGUAUCAACCAUGUCAUCUUCAAACGAGGGCUUUUCUGCCUCCCCUCGUCCUCCUCUCUGUCCAAUGCCUUCAGCCCCCCUCCUCCAGCACUCCAGCAUAAAACACUGUAUCCUCUUUUUCAUCACACUAUCAUCACGAUCAUAAUCAGCAUCAGCAUCAGCAUCAUCGUUAUGGCUUUCCUUCAUACUGCUGUUGCACUAAUGAGGGCUGGUUCUUAAAGCAUCUUGAGAGGGUUGAUCCGAUUCCCGCGUUUCAGGUAUUUGGAUGUGUGAUUCGCUCAAUUCUCUUUAGCUAUCACUGAUUAUUGUGCUGGUUCAAAAGAGCUAACGAGGUUAAGGAACUCUUCACGGUCAUUUUUGUGUAGUGAAAGACACCAGGUGGACUCUACUUUCAUGACCCACUGGUCAACUGAUUCUUCAUGCCGGCCUUCUGUUCCCGUGUGCAUGAACGACACGUGAAACUGGCUCCACCUGUAACCGAAGUGCUCCACACGUCGCUCAAUGACGCAGGCACAUCUAUUCCUUCCUGUCAUCCGGCAUUGGGUUGUAGCAACAAAGGAUUUUUCAUGAUCACUUUAAUGUCCAAAGUUUGCCCCAGAACCGUUGUGAAUCUGGGUUUCCUGCUUUACAGGGACUGCAGUAACUUUGCGGUAGUCUGUUGUUGCUGUCCGCGCCGUUACAUGACCCUUGCUUGGCACGUCACCAUUGGGCAGUAUUUUUCAUAUCUUGUGAUUGGUUUAAGGCUAUAUGUUUGUUUACAAAACAUUUACACUGUAUCUUUAAUGUGCGUUUCUGUAAUAACAAAGUCUGUGUAAAUAUACUAUUUACUUGCUGGUGUAGUCUUGACCAAAUGUAUCUUUUCUGGGCUUUUACUCUGUGGUCAUGAAAAUAACUUUGGACUUUCAAACCUCUGCAACAGGUUGGCUGUUUGCAAUUUGACUUUUCCCUUAAAGUGACUAUUGAUCAAUGUUUUUACUGAAUCCAAUGUAUCAAUAGACAAAGACAAUGUGAAAACACUGCGGCUAUGCCAACAGAUAAUUAUCAGCUCAAUGGAACUGCACAGGGGUUCAUUGUUUUGCUCUGCGGCCUACAACGUUACUUUAGCGACUAAACCCCGGAUAUUUCCCUCAGCAAGUGGAGGGAGUCCAAACGGGGCUGAAAGAGAGUGAAGUCACAAAUGGCGUUUACCUGAAACGUGACGAAAACCCCCGUCGUUUGCCGUAACAUUUGAAAUACCAAGAUGCUUUGAGUAACAAAGCUCCCGCGGACCUUGUCAGCCACCCACUUCCCAUCUGCCCCCACCACACCCCCAACCACUCCUCCAAGCUGACUGGAGACCAGAGAUGUACAGGAAAGACCGUUCUAAAAGGCCGGUCAAUGGAGAAGCUCUGACCCAAAUAACAAAUAGUUUUGACCACGUGUGUUUCGAAAGCUUUAAUAUUUAAUCACAGAAUGUCAAGCUGAAUCACGUCUUUCCGUCUGUAGUUCAGUGUGAAUCCAGCCCCCCGGUGGUGUUGUCAGUUGACAGAAACGGGCUGUGGCUCGUAGCCGGGGCACCGUGCCGCUGUCUGUUAGAGUAAAGCACCGAUGCAAAUAAACUAUUGAAGAGAUGGAUCUAUAUCUAAAUGUUAUAAUUUAUCCCUGCUCUGACUGCCUAUUUUGGUACGAAAAAAUGAAUAAAAGUCUAUGGAGAUUGAA